UCAAUUGCAUAUGCCUGAUGUAAGUCGAAUGAAAGGGUGCAUUUUCCGCUAGAGAUCCAUUGAUGUUACUGCCACUGCUCCUGUGCCUCCUUCUGGUGGCCACUCUACUGCUUUGGAUAUGGCAGGACAACCACUGGCGACGCCUGGGACUGGAGGGACCAUUCGGCUGGCCAUUCGUCGGGAACAUGUUGGACUUUGCUUUGGCCCGGCGCUCUUAUGGCGAGGUCUACGAGCAAAUCUACAGGCAGAAUCCCGGCCUAAAAUACGUGGGCUUCUAUCGCUUGUUCAACGAACCCGCCAUUCUGGUGCGUGACCAGGAGCUGGUGCGUCAGAUCCUGGUGGGCAGCCACUUUGCUGACUGUGCCGAUAAUGUUGUUAAUGUGGACCACCACCGUGAUGUCCUGGCUAGCCACAAUCCCUUUAUUGCCAAUGGUGACCGUUGGCGACUCUUGAGGGCCGACCUGGUGGCCCUCUUCACGCCCAGCCGCGUGCGUCAGACAUUGCCACAUGUGGCCAGUGCCUGCCAGUUGCUCCGGGCUCGACUGCCGGUUAAACGCUUCGAGGCCAAGGAUUUGGCCACCCGCUACACGCUGCAGGUAGUCGCCUCCGUGGUCUUCGGCCUGAAUGCCCAUUGCCUAGGCGACCAGGAAAUGGAGGAGGAGAGUACAAGUCGCUGGCUGAAGUGGCUAGCUCCGCUUUUUCAGCCAAGUGCCUGGAGUUUGCUGGAGACCAUUGCACUCCUGCACUCCCCUCGUUUGGCCAGCCUCAUAGGCCAUCGAUACGUGCCCCUGCCCCUGCAGAAUUGGUUUGUGGAGUUGGUGGAAGCGAGGAGUGGCGGCGACAAUCUCCUCCAAUGGCUGGCGGAGGGCAAACGGACGUUGGGAAAGGACGAGCUAGCCGGACAUGCCACCACCCUUCUCCUGGAGGGAUACGAAACCUCGGCCAUGCUCCUAGCCUUUGUCCUUUACGAAUUGGCCCUCAAUGAGAACGCCCAGAGAAGUCUACACUUCGAAUUGGAUGAGGUAGCCCAACGCCACAAUGACAAUUUGAUGGACCACUCGGCCCUAGCCGCACUUCGCUAUACUGAAGCUGCGCUCCUUGAGGCACUGCGUCUUCACCCAGCCAUGCAGGCUCUCCAGAAGCGCUGCACCAAGCCCUUCACCCUUCCAGCCCAGAAAGAAGGAUCUGCCUGCAAUCUCAGGGUGUCUCUGGGCACAGUCCUUGUGCUGCCCGUCCAGGCUAUUCAUCUAGAUCCCGAAUUGUACCCUGAACCCAGCCAGUUUCGCCCAGAGCGCUUUUUGAACCAGCCACCCAUGGGCUGCCGUUUUCUGGGUUUCGGCUUUGGACACCGAAUGUGUCCAGGAAUGCGUCUUGGCUUGCUACAGACGAAAGCUGCCCUGGCCACACUCCUGCAGGACCACUGCGUCCUGCUGGCGGAUCAGGACCAGGCGAGGGUGGAGGUUUCCCCGCUAACAUUCCUUACCGCCAGCAAGGGGGGCAUAUGGUUGCGUUUGGAGAGAAGGACUCCCGAAUAAGAAUAACUCCUUUAGGGGGCAAAGAAAUUAUGUAGCUUCUGGUUUAAACAAAUAUUAUAGGUUACACAAUAAAUCAAGCUCGUCGUGGAAGUUACUCUUGCAGAAAGUAA